AUGGCAUAUUUUCCAGAGUUCGUACAUAGGUUGUUGGAACCCAUACCUCAAUAUGUAUUGGGUUGUUUACCAGCUAUAGCUAUAGUAGGCGCAUCACCAACGAAUAAAUUUACAAGAAAACUUACAUGGGUAUUACGAUGUCUUGGAUGUCCAUUUAUGGGAAUUUUUUAUGCCGUCAACGUGGGUGGUAAUAAAGAAUCACGUUGCCUAUUUUGGCUUCCAGUAGAUUACUUUAUUAAAGACGAAACUAAUGAAGGAUUGGAAUACAGACCUGUCGGAUUGUACACUAUGAAACCAAAAGAGAAUCAAGGCAUAAAUAAAUACGUAGAUAUAUGCACAGCAAAAGUAUCAGUUCUAGAAAGAUUAUCACCAGAUUGGCCAUAUAUACCAUUAUUAUUGUCUUGGACAAUUCCUGCGCUCUGGAGAAGAAUAUCUUCGGGAAACUUGGUAGUCAAAGACCCUAAGGUGGAAUUUUUUAAUGAUAAUGAAAAAAAUAAUAACUAUGUUCUUCCUUGGAGUACAGUGCUUUUGGCUUACUUUACACCUCCAAUCGGAUACCGUUGUCGAAGUAAAUAUCUUACAACGAUCUGUGCCAUAUGGUCUUUUAACAACGCUAUAGCAUUUUUAUGUCAUUGGAUAGGAGAAAAAUACUUGACUAAGCCUAAGAUAUUUCAUGUUUGGUUCUCUUUUUGGGGAUUUGUUGUAGUAAUAUUAUUGCUUGUUUUGGGUUUAUUUAGUAAGAAUCCAGAAUGGAUGGUAGGUCUAUUCGGGUGUUCUUGUGGUUUAUCAAGCGCAGGAUGCCCAGCAAGUCAAUGGGGAUGUUGA